AUGUCCAAGCCAAAGGCUGCUCAGCCUGUCAAGUCUAGUCCGACUUCUUCUGGUCAACAUGACGCAAGUAUUAUCAUCACGUCCAGUUUGAUACCCAUGUUCCCAUCCAUCAUGUUGACGAAUUCCACCAUCCAAUCUCUGCACAAACACUUGAUUGGAUUGCCUCUGGAUGUCCCAAUAUUUAUCUCAGUUGAUCGACCACCAGACUCACAAUUGAAUGAGGGAGACAAUAAACAACGAUUGGAAGAAUACAUCCAAAGACUGCAGAAGGCUGACUUUGCUCCAUUCACUAAUGUGAAAGUGGUUCCCAUGGAAGUACACAGGCACUUGGCUGGUAGCAUCAAUCAUACCCUGGCGCUCCAUGUCAAAACGCCAAUAUUUUACAUCAUUGAGCACAAUGCUCCCUUUUUGCGCAACGUGGAGCACGAGAAACUGGUGCAAACCAUGAAACAAAAUCCCGAUGUCCUUCAGAAUAUUCGAUUCCUGCUUCAAGACGAACCACAUGCUUGGACCGUAAGGAAAUCAUCCUGUCAUGUCAAGAAAUCUGCUCGCCAAUUCAAAGAAAAUGGAAAGGACUUUGUAAGGGUCGAUGUGGAUGUACCAAGCGGCGACCUCAAGCUCAAUGGAAUGGAGUUCUACGUCACAAGUAGCUGGAGAUCAUACAAUCAAAUUACUAGCAGAGAAUACUAUGACAAAAUGUUGAAAGAAAUUGCCUAUCUGGUCCGAGACCCACGAUGGCCCAUGGAGAGAAAUGCCCAGAACGAUUGCAGUCAACACGGUCAGCAAGUGUAUGGGCCACGGCUUGACGCUUAUCCCUACAUUCAACAGUUGAGCGUUGGGACGUGA